GUGUGUCGGUGCUGGAAGUUUGGACCGGUUCACAGAAUCUGGGUUAAAUGUCGCGGCGCUCGUGCGGAGUCACGGGCAGGAUUAUAUAACCUCGCGCAGGUAGACUGAGCGGCUCGUCACGGUUCUUCUGCCGCCGCGUUCAGGGACUCAGAUGGGGGACCAGGAGGAGCAGAGCCCGGUGAAGUACUACCGGCUGUCAGAGGUGGAGGAGCAGAACACGUUCAAGUCCACCUGGAUCAUCAUCAACAACCAGGUCUACGAUGUCACCAAGUUCCUGGAGGAGCACCCCGGAGGAGAGGAGGUCCUGAGGGAGCAGGCCGGAGGAAACGCCACCGAGAGCUUCGAGGACGUCGGGCACUCCACCGACGCCAGAGAGAUGGCGAGCAGCAUGGUGAUCGGAGAACUGCAUCCGGACGACAGACACAAGAUCGCCACCCCUGAGCAGAUACCACUGACCGCUUUGAAUGAUGAGAACAGUUGGUGGUAUAACUGGUUGAUUCCCGCUCUGGUGGCGGCCAUCGUGACACUGGUCUACCGCAUGUACACCUCAGACGAAGAGUGACAUCAUCAGACAUGCAGCUGUGAUGUCAUCAACAGGCCCGCCAGUGGCAGCUUCGAUUGGCAGCAGAACAGACGAGUGGCUGGAUGUUGGAUCAGUAACUGUACGCUGCCUCUCGUGUCACUGCACUACAACACCCAACAUUCAUUUCAUGCUGUUAACCAAUCACAUGGCAUUAUGUUAAUGAAGUCAUUUAUGUCGUUGAAAUAUCAAUGUUUUUAUAAAAUCUUAAUGAUUUGUAAUCUUGUAGAAACGCAGUGGAUGUAUAAUUUGUUUGUAUCUUUUUAUAUCUUUGUAACUGAAUGUUAAUGAGCUCAUAAAUAUGCAAUCAUGCCACCGUCAUGUGACCGCUCCACAUGAAAUACUGAUUAUGUCUUGAAGAAAAUGUAUGAAGCGAGCCUACGAAUCUCCAGCUGUGUUUGGAUUCAUUCAUGUCAAAUAUUCGCCUUCAUUGAAAAUGACUGCUUUUGAUAAUUUGGUUAAAGUUUUGUUCAAACGUUG